UCGACCAAUCAACGUUUUUGUUUUCAGUACAGCGCAGUGUCAUAGUUUGUGAAACGGUGAACGAUGGAGGCUGUUAAAGUGAAACCUGCGGUGAUGACAUGAUGAUCUUCAGAUGCUUUGUCUUGUUUUGUCACUGUCGUUAUGUUCUUUUUGUGUGUGAAUGCGCUCAGACCAUCGGCGUCUCUACAGAAGCUUUGCGCCUUCUCUCUGCUAUACAAGACGCGGUUGUGUGGCUGCUUUGACAAGGGUCAACAUAGAGUAGCCGUCUGCAGUCUGUGUGACGGACCAGAAUCACGUGGCUUUCCCAAGAUUCAGAACUCACUUGAGCUCCCCGAACGCAGCAGUGCUACCUCCCCUUGGACCCCUGACCAGGGUCCGCCUCCUGCCCCCACCCACUGCUGCAUGAGUGGCUGCCAUAACUGUGUGUGGAUCGAGCACGCAGAACAGCUCCUGGCGUACUACACUGACGGAGGAGACCGAGCGCUUGCUGCCAUUGAGGAGAAUGUCACUGAUGAGAACCUUAAAACCUAUCUAAAGAUGGAGAUCAGACUCUUAAAUAAGAAAUGACAUCUACCAGCAUGUUUUAAAUCAGUCUAACUCAAACUAUACAAGACCUCUCACAAGAUAUUCUUCAUCGUGGGAAGAAAACCUCUAGGAAGUACUUUACUUUUGCAUUUAUUGUCCCCAUCACUGGUCGGCACCCUUAUUAUUCACUCCACUGUUGUCGCCAUUAUCAGCAGAUCUCUUUUUUAUGUGUGUCUCACAACAGUUUGCAAUUGGUCAAGCCGGAAAUAUGAUGAAGGGACACGCUCAAGUGCCAGUGAUCUCAUUUACAAUACUGCGCCAUUUGUAGCAAUCAUAGGUGAUGUUUUGUUUGUAUCAGCCUUGCAGUGGUUACAUUUUCAAAGGAUAAAUGACAAACAAGCUAUAUUUAAUAACUACCUUGCUGGAACUCAAUGUAGCACAUAUGCACACCACAGCCUGUGCUGUUACUUAACAUAAAGACUUUUAAAUUCCAAAAAUAAACACAAUGGAUAAAUGAAUGUCCAAUGGACAACCCAUGGGAUGUUCCUUAAUGCAUUUUGGACAAAAGAAAUUGUCAGCCGGACAAGGAUUGCUGGCCCACACAGCACUGGAAAUGCUACAAUAAAAACAUGAGUCCUUUAAAUUCUUAGGAAAGCCUUAUACAAAAAAUAUUAUUGUUAUUAUGAACAAGUUGUUGAUUUGAUAUAUAAAUCACUCCACAGUAUAAGGUGCAGGUUUAUACUCUGUAAAAUAUGGUGUAAGUGUUAUUUAUGUGUUGUCACAAAAGAACACUGGGGAGCUAUAAAUCUGAAUUUACACUCUGUAUGCCUGGAUUACUUUGUUUUUGAUUAUUACUUAUGCUGGCUACUUCAUCAGCUACACCUUAUUCGUUCCCCUUUUUUAUCUCAGCUGCCUUAAUUCUUCAUGGCAUACAGUAGUUCAAAGAAGGUGCUGGAAAUGUUCUUGGGAGAUCUUUGUCUGUAUUGACGUGGUGGCAUCACACAGUUGCCACAGCAGCCUUCAAUCGUAAUACAAGGCAAAAUCCUACCCCUGCCAUGUGAAUGUUGCAGCAGAAAUUGAGCCAAACCAUCUAUUUCAGAUGAUUCUCUGUUGACCCCAGAGAUGGUACUGCAUGAAUGUCCUACUAGAUCAACAGUUUGUGAAAUCCUCAGACAUCAUUCUGAUUCUUGGCUCAAACCUCAACAGACCCACUUGACCUAAAGGCUUUGAGUUUCUGCAGUACGAUUCGCUGGAUACUUGCUUUCACAUGCAGCUGAACAAGCGGACCUGAUGAAGUAGCGAGUAGUUGUAAAUGUAGCAAACAUUUCUACAAGUAUAGGUUGAACAAAAAUCAGGAGAUUUUAUCACAUCACACCUGUUUUGGCCUUUCAGUGUCUUUCUGUGACCUUAGAAGCAUGUUUUAGGAUUUUGUAUUUGACUCAGAAGGCUCAAAAUGAUCCUGCACCCACCUAUCUUACAGAACCUGUUUGGCCUUAUGUGCCUCCCUGGGCCCUGCAGACUCAGGAUGUGGACUUUGUGUACCUCAGAUUAAUUAGAAAAUGGCAGGUUUCAGUGCCUUUCUACAUUGUGUCCUUACAUUGUGAAAUCAUUUGUGACUUGAUAUUAGAAAGUCCAUGUCAGUUUAUUUAUUUCAUGCUAAUUUCAAAUCAUAUUUAUUUUUUGUUUUAUGAUUCUACCUCAUUUUAAUGAUGUGUAUGUGUGAUGUGUUCGUAUUUGGUGUUGAAUUUUAAUUUGUUCCUAUAAAUGUUUAAAUUUCAUCUUUUAUUUUCUGUUUUUGAUGUUAUACUUUUGAGAGCACUUUGCAGUAUCUCCUGAAAAUGCCACACAAUAUUAUUUAAAUUUAAUUUGUCACCUCCAGCAGAGGGCAACCUUGCACUGGUUAUUUUGUGGUUUCACAAUAAAUGUGAUUUUGACUGGUUAGGAUGACUAAUAAAAACCAUUAGUUGCCUA